AUGUCUACCGCCAACACCAACACCAACGUGGACGCUGCCGUUAAUGACGUCGCCAACACUCUGAGCAAUACCUCCAUCAGCAACAAGCCUGCCGAUGACAAGACUGCCGCCAACGAGGCCGCUUCAGCCAGCGCUGCUGAGGGUCGCCGCCUCUAUAUUGGCAACCUGGCCUAUGCGACAACUGAGGGGGAGUUGAAGGACUUCUUCAAGAGCUACCUUGUCGAGUCUGUCUCGAUCCCUAAGAACCCUCGCACCGACCGCCCUGUCGGCUACGCCUUCGUCGACCUUUCCACUCCCACUGAGGCCGAGCGUGCCAUUGAGGAGCUCUCUGGAAAGGAGAUCCUUGAGCGCAAGGUCUCCGUCCAGCUCGCUCGCAAGCCUGAGCCCGCUGGUGAGAAGUCAGAGGGUGCUAACGGUGAUGGCUCUGGUGCUGAGGGCUCUCGUCGCCGAGCUUCUGGACGUGGCCGCGGACGUGGACGUGGCCGUGGAGGCCGCACUGCCCGCGCUGGUCGUGAGGGUGCCGAGAAGAAGGAGGGCGAAACUACUGAGGCUGUUGCUGCCACUGAUGAUGCUGCUACCGCAGCCGCUGCACCUGCCACCACUGAGGUUCAACCUUUGUCCGAUAUCACAAACAAGAUCAACACUGACGCAAACGCAAAGACCUCUAAGACCCAACCUCGCCCUCAGCGUGAGCGCCGUGAGCGCGGCCCUCCUGCUGACGGAAUUCCUUCCAAGACCAAGGUCAUGGUUGCCAACCUGCCUUACGAUCUGACCGAGGACAAGCUCAUUGAGCUUUUCAAGGCUUAUGAGCCCUCUUCUGCCAAGAUUGCUCUCCGACCUAUUCCCCGAUUCAUGAUCAAGAAGCUUCAGGCUCGUGGUGAGGCCCGCAAGGGUCGUGGCUUCGGUUUCGUCACUCUGGCUUCUGAGGAGCUUCAGCAGAAGGCUGUUACUGAGAUGAACGGAAAGGAGAUUGAGGGCCGUGAGAUCGCCGUUAAGGUUGCUAUUGACAGCCCUGAUAAGACCGACGAGGAGCAGCACGAGGGUGAUGCUACCAACGGUCAGAAGGAGAACAUCCCCGCCACUGAGGCUGCCCCUGCGGCUGCUCCUGCUACCGGCGCCGCUGCUGAGGCCACCCCUGCCUCUACCACUCCCGCCACUACUACUGCCUAA